GGGCAUUCUUGUUAAGAUUGCUUCCGUGAAGACAUGACCACACAGUACGGUAUUCUCUUCAAGCAAGAGCAAGCUCAUGAUGAUGCCAUCUGGUCUGUUGCCUGGGGAAAAAAUAAAAAUGAUGGUUCUGAAACAGUAAUCUCUGGUUCUUUGGAUGAUCUAGUGAAGGUCUGGAAGUGGAAUGAUGAAAAAUUGGACCUACAGUGGACUUUGGAAGGUCACCAGCUGGGCGUAGUGUCUGUGGAUAUCAGCCACACGGGCUCCAUCGCGGCGUCCAGCUCCCUGGAUGCCCAUAUUCGCCUUUGGGACUUAGAAACUGGCAAACAGAUCAAGUCAAUAGAUGCUGGCCCUGUUGAUGCUUGGUCCCUUGCUUUUUCACCUGAUUCCCAGUUCCUUGCAACAGGAAGUCAUGUGGGAAAAGUAAAUAUUUUUGGUGUUGAAACCGGAAAGAAAGAAUAUUCUCUGGACACCAGAGGAAAGUUCAUCCUCAGCAUUGCCUAUAGUCCAGAUGGAAAAUACUUAGCCAGUGGAGCGAUAGAUGGCAUUAUCAAUAUUUUUGAUAUUGCAACUGGAAAACUUCUGCAUACGCUAGAAGGUCAUGCGAUGCCUAUUCGUUCACUGACGUUUUCUCCAGAUUCUCAGUUACUUGUAACUGCUUCAGAUGAUGGCUAUAUCAAAAUCUAUGAUGUGCAACAUGCAAACUUGGCUGGCACAUUAAGUGGUCAUGGAUCCUGGGUACUAAAUGUAGCAUUUUGUCCUGAUGAUACCCAUUUUGUUUCCAGUUCAUCUGAUAAAAGUGUAAAAGUUUGGGAUGCGGGGACGAGAACCUGUGUUCACACUUUCUUCGACCACCACGACCAGGUCUGGGGAGUGAAAUACAAUGGAAGUGGGUCCAAAAUUGUAUCUGUUGGAGAUGACCAAGAAAUUCAUAUUUAUGACUGUCCAGUUUAAAUGUCUUGACUCAGACCCCUUGGUGAACUCUUGUGGCAGUUCUUAGGAAUACUGCUCUCCUGCCAUGUACUUUUUUUUACUAUGAUAAAAGCAUUUAGUAAUGAUUUGCAAAAUGAGAUGUUUUUAUCCAAUUUUGAUUUAGCAUGAGAAAAAGCUUUAAUUUUUUAAAAAUAAAAGCUACAG